UCCUCCUCCUCAGCAGCUACUGCAGCAGCAGCAUAGCAUCCGGUGCCUCCUGGAUCCAUGAAGAAAGCCCCUCAGCACGGCACCGCCUCCGGCACGAUGGGACCCAAGCUAUUUACUGCAUUGUUGUGUUGAUACUGAGAUAUUUCAGUUAUCAAAUAUGAAUCAUGCAUUUGAUAUUUCUGGCCACUUUGCUCGUCAGCAUCCUCUCGCCUUGGCUUCAUCCAUCACUAGCGUCAUCCGUUUCUCAAGGAGUCGAAGACAAGGUUGAGAGGGACGCAGUGUCGGCUCUGCUAAAGCAACAGGCGACUGCAGCACCUGCUCCAGACAACAGGACACACCGUGCGGUAGAGCAUGUGAUCACCUACCCAUCGCGGUUGAUCUACUACCUGGACGAGGAGUCGGAGAGUACCUACCAUGACCUGGACACCAGGACCAAGACACAAGGCACAGAGGGCCAGGCAGUGCAUCUUGCCCAGGCUAGCUUCCAGUUGAAGGCGUUUGGCACACGAUUUGUUCUGGAUCUAGCAUUGAACAAUGACUUGCUGUCUUCAGAUUAUGUCGAAAUCCACUUUGAGGGGGGCAAGCCUGUUACGUCAAAGGGCGGUGAGCACUGCUACUACCACGGCCAGGUGAGAGGGAACGAAGACUCCCAUGUGGCCUUAUCUACCUGCAACGGGCUGCACGGAAUGUUUGAUGAUGGAGUCUAUAUGUACCUUAUCGAGCCUUUACAACAGACUCAUUCAAUCGAUACAGCUGCAAGGCCUCACAGACUAAGAAGAGCAGCCUCCCUAAACUGGAACGAUGAUUCAGAGGAACAGGUUGAGGGGGAGCAGCUCUUCUCCGAGCUCGAUGACUUGUCCUGGCUAAAACGCAGGAAAAAGCGAGCAAUGCCUCGCACUACAUUUGACGAGAUGAAGUAUUUGGAGGUUAUGAUUGUCAGUGACCACAGUAUGUUUAAACGACACAAGACCAAGCAGCACACGAGGAACUUUGCUAAAUCAGUGGUGAAUCUUGUGGAUGCCAUCUUCAAAGAGCAACUUAAUACACGCGUGGUGCUCGUUGCUGUGGAGAUCUGGACCGACAAGGAUCAGAUCCCUAUCAGUGUGAGGCCGCUGGAAAUGCUACGGGAUUUCUCCAAGUACCGACAACAAAGCAUCAAGCACCAUGCGGAUGCUGUGCACCUUAUCUCGAAUGUGACCUUCCACUACCGCAGGAGCAGCUCGGCAUACUUUGGAGGCAUGUGUUCAUUGAGCCGUGGCGUCGGGGUCAACGAGUAUGGCACCAGCUUGUCCAUGGCGGGGUCUCUAUCGCAGAGCCUGGCUCAGAACCUGGGCAUCCAGUGGGACCCGGCAUCCAAAAGAAAGGAAUGUGGUUGUGCUGACUCGUGGACUGGCUGCAUAAUGGAGGACACCGGGGUCCAACAUCCAAGGAGAUUCUCCAAAUGCAGCAUCACAGACUACAAGGAGUUUCUCCUGAGAGGUGGAGGCUCGUGUCUGUUCAACAGGCCAACCAAGCUGUUCGAGCCAACAGAAUGUGGUAAUGGAUUUGUAGAAGUGGGAGAGGAGUGUGACUGUGGAGCGAGAUCAGACUGCUACAAGAAAUGUUGCAAGAAGUGUUCCCUCUCAAGCGGGGCACACUGUAGUGACGGCCCAUGCUGCAAUAACACAUGUCUGUUUUAUCCCCGAGGUUACACUUGUCGUAACUCUGUGAACGACUGUGACAUCACAGAGACUUGCUCUGGGGACUCAGGACAGUGCCCUCCCAACCUUCAUAAGCAAGAUGGUUACCUCUGCCAGGUCAACCAGGGCCGCUGCUACAAUGGAGAGUGCAAGACCAGAGAGAACCAGUGUAGAUACAUUUGGGGGUCAAAGUCUGGAGGCUCAGAGAAGUUCUGCUAUGAGAAACUAAACACGGAGGGGACAGAGAAGGGCAACUGUGGGAAGGAUGGAGACAAAUGGAUCCAGUGUAGCAAACAUGAUGUGUUCUGUGGUUACCUUUUGUGUACAAACAUCGGCCGCAACCCACGCAUAGGUAUGAUGAAAGGAGAUAUUACCCCGGCCUCCUUCAACCACCAAGGCAGGCUGGUAGACUGCAGUGGGGGCCAUGUGCUUUUGGACGAUGAGACUGAUUUAGGCUACGUGGAGGAUGGAACUCCCUGUGGGCCGUCAAUGAUGUGCCUUGACCACAAGUGUCUGCCCAUCCAGUCACUCAACCUGAGCACCUGCCCCACUGGACCUAAUGGACAGGUUUGCUCUGCCCAUGGGGUGUGCAACAAUGAAGCCACAUGCACCUGUGACGCCACCUGGGCAGGGACAGACUGUAGCAUGCCUGACCCGCCUAAAGAGCCUGAGGCCGCUCAGGAUGAAGGAGUCAAGGUGAGCGUGGCCACUAACAGGCUGAUAGGGGCAGUAGCAGGGACCAUUCUGGCCCUGGGGGUGAUUUUUGGAGGCACAGGGUGGGGAAUAGAAAAUGUGAAGAAACGGCGAUACGACCCCAACGCCUCAGCCAUUUAACCCGAGGAGAGAUGGAAAUCACAGACGGACUCCUCCGAGGCUUCCUUAGUUGGCUACCUGACAGCUGGACUGCACUUACUGCUGCUGAUCUUUGGCAUUAGAUUUACUUGAAAAUGACAUAGUGGACAUUUUAAUAAAUUUCAUCGUAGUUACAUUAGAAAUGCAGCCUUUCCCCCCCCCCCCCCCGAUCUCUAGAGUGACAGAGCUCCUCUUCCAUCCUUUAGUGCCAGUGCACAGGCGUUCAGGCGGAAUUCACACCACUCUCUCUCACCUGGCAUGAUUAUCCGCACACAGCGUGCUGCUUGCUGGCCCCUAGCAUGAAGAGCUCCAUCAGCAGGGCUCUGCAUGGCUACGAAAGCUAUGAAUAUACAGGAAAAAAAAACAUACAAAGAGAAAAAAAACGGAAUAAUCUAAUGCAGGAGAUAGCCUUGUUAAAACCAAACCCAAUGGAAAGCAGGUUCAAGCUCCUAUAGGUCCUUAAGGUGCUGUAGAUGAUUAAGGGGGCUGCAUGUGAUGACCCAUAAGGGCGGUGCAUUUCACAAAGUGAACGCACUCACACACAAAAUGUACAUACAUAAGGAGAUCAGGUUUGGAAUUAACUGCAUAUUUUACGAGGACAUCUAAAGCUUUUGUUUCUUUUAUCUCAGCAUGUUGUAUAGCGGGUGUUUUUGGCAAUGUUAUUGAAAAACACACAAUUAGGAUUUGGGCCAAAAAUUGGAGCCGCACGCUGCACUCUUGUUAUUGUCUGGGUUGAGGCCAAUGGUUCAAUUCCCCCACAGCAGACAAGGCGGCUAUGGUGUCAAGGAGAAGCAUGUCAGGUCUAGAAGAUUCUGACUGAUAUCAGAGUAAAGAUGUCCCCACUUCCUGAAGUAUCUUCAACAGUGACUCAAAAGCCAAAGAACCAAUCACCUGAACAUAUGGAUGUUGUUGCACACAGAGCACUUUCCCCCCCUCUGUCUGCAGCCAGUGGUGCCUCUCCUACUGCUGAGGGCAUGAAGUCUGUCUAUGCAGGCGCUCACCUGUCUAAACCAGGUCUCACAUAACAGUCCUCAUCAACACCCACUAUACUGGCUUUACCUUUCUGCUCUCAUAAACUCUUAGCCAAAACCAAGUUCAGCUCUUCUGGGAACGUUGCAUGCAAUCACUAUAGUGGGCUUAUAAUUCUAUAUGGGAGUCCCUAAAUCCGCAAGAAAAAUAUGCUACAUAAGAUAGGUGCAUGUCAACUACAAAAACAUUAACUUUUAUUUACUAUGCAAAGAGAGAUAUUGCACAAACGUAUGGGUAAUAAUGUAGACAUGGAAUUACAGAAACCUCUGCUAAUCAGCUGAUCUUUUGUAUUUGGCCACUCCCACGUCUUGUUUCACUUCGCUUCAACAUACUCAAACUAUCAAUGGACAAAUAAAAAAAAGAACUGAAUAAUAUUUCCAAUGAAAAAGCGAGAGAGCACCCUUUUACAUCUGUGGAACUGAAAAUCUUUUUUGUGUGUUUUUCAUCUGAUCUGAUAUUUUUAAUCACACACAUGCACAAACACGUACACUAACACACUGUAUGGCGCCUCUGCAUAUCGAGGACUGAAAUGUUUCCUUGUGCAGGGUUUUUAUUCCCAGUCCAGCUGAUAGUUGGUGUGUUCCAGGUGCUGCCAUAGCACUGGCAUCGUUGUAAUCCUCCAUGUAACUCAUUGUCUGGUGUCCCUCUCACUGCAUCAUGUACAGUCGGACCGAUGAAUAAACUACUGACAAAUUUUA